UUGACUGUUGUGAUUGUUGAGCUGUCAAAGUGACACCGAUAAUUAAUAGUUUGAUCUUUAGACUUAUUAUUAUCGGCAUGUAAAUCAAUUUGAAAAAUAAACAAUCAUCGAUCUCAAUGAUCGAUGAUUAAUCCAAUUUUUGAUAUUUAAUAUGGUGCCAAGUUAAAAGUUUAUUCAACAAUGAAUUUCAAUAAUGUCAUGAGUGUUUUUAUCACUGUACAAUGUCUAUUUGUAAUUUGCACUACUCAUUUAUUAAUUAAUGUUAAAAACCAAGGUGGUGACAUAUUUUCAGAAAUAAUUGAGGCAAAUGUCACUGAAGACAUGAUAACACUUGAAUUUCAAAGAUCAGAUGGAACAUUUGUCACUCAAUUAAUUGACUUCAAAAACGAAGUUCAAGUGAUAAAAGCACUUGUUUUGGGAGAAGAAGAACGUGGACAAAAUCAAUAUCAAGUUAUGUGUUUUGUAAAUCAUUUUUAUAAAAUGGAUUUUAUAUCAUCUGAUGCUAUGUCUAAAUUGAGACAGAAAAAUCCUGGUAGUAUAAGAGUUGCUGAAGAGGAUAGAGGAUCUACGAAUUAUACAAUGGAUUUAUUUUUAGAUGUUAAUAAAUCAAAUAUUAUUAGUAAACAUAUUUUAAAACUUUGUACUGAAGCUGGGGAUUCAACUUAUACAAGACAAGAUGAUUUAAAACAGUGGCUACUAAGACCAGGAACAUCAGAGUCUUUAUUAAUAGACUCUGUAAAAAAUUUCACAUCAAUGACUCUCAAUCCAGCAACAAUAAAUUCAACAAAAUCAUCAACCACUCCAAAAUGUGCUGACACAUCAAAUUUAUGGGCACCAUGUUCUUGCUCAUUAGAAUUAUGCAUUGGCUGGUAUCCAUGUGGUCUUAAAUUUUGUAAAAACAAAACUGACAACAAAAAACCACCAUCAACAUACAGAUGUGGUAUUAAAACUUGUAAAAAAUAUUUUAUAUUUUCGUACUAUUCUAAAAUUAAACAAAAUUGUCUUUGGGAUGAAUGACACGUACGUUCGCGUUAAUUAUUUAUCAUAAAAAAUAUAUUAACGCGAAUUUAUAAAGAAAUUUUUAUCAUGCUUUAAUAAUCAUAAAAUAAGCAAUUAUAACGUGAUCGAUUUUUAAUUUGCAAUAAUUAGCUAAAUAUAUUUAUUUAUUAUUUUUCAAAUUUUUUUAAUAAUUGUAAAAUUUUAUUUUACUGCUUUAAUUUAUUAUUAAUAAUUUAAUUGUUAAAUAGAAAAACAAUUUAUAUGUAAAUAUUCAUUCGUACUAUUUCUUCUUGAGAAUUUUUAUAUUUAUCUCUUGAAGAAACUAAAAGAAAUAAUUUACAAAAUUACAUUCCAAUGUCCAAUUUUUUAUUGUUGGAAUUUUUGUAAAUUAAUUUCUUCAAAUGUAACACAUUCCCACAGGGUUUAAAUAUUAUUUUCUAUUGAAAAUAAGACAAGCUAUUAUUAAAAUUUAUUUACUUUGUGAUGUAUCAUUGAUAAUGUUGCCUUUUUUUUUGAAAUUACUGUAGUAAUAAAUGAUCCGUUUAAUGACAUUCGUAAGACUGUUUAAAUCGUCCAUUUGAUACAAACAAAUAAUAAAUUUAAAAAUCGAAAUAUACCAAUCAUCCGUCGGCAGUUUAAAAAAAAUUAAGUCAAUAAAAACUGUCAACUAAAAAUACCAAAAUAAUUAAAACUAAGAAUUAGUUAAAAUUUAUAUUAAUCUAAAUUAUUUAGAAAAAAAAUUAUCAUAAUAAAAGGCUAAAGUCCAUGAUAGAAAAAAUAUUAAAAAAUUAAUCAUGAAUAUCAGUAGCUUUAAUUGAAAAAAAAAAUAAUGUAAAUACGUAAUUAAUUAGCUAACAUUAGCUCUCUAAAAAAAAAAAUCAUAAUUAACAAAAAGAGCUAAUUUUUUUUUUUUCGUUUUCUAAUGUUUCUAACGAAAUUUCUAAUCCAGUCAUAAUGUUAAUUGUAAUAAUUUUUAUUGUUUUCUUUGUACACCUGUAUAUUGUAGUUUAUAAAAAUAUUUUUUUAUAAAUAUAUAAUAAUGAAAUAUUGAAAAACAUAUAUUGUCUUUGUAAAAAUAUUUUAUUUGAAUAAAAAGUUUUUUUUUUUUUUUUUACAUAGUGAAUAUAAAACAGAGAAAAAUUAUUUAAAAAAAAAAUAAUAAUUGCCUACGAUGUCCCGUCAACAUCACCAAGGGAUAUUGCCCCUUAAUUUGUAUAUAAUUUUUUUUUUUAAUUAAUUUAAAUAUUAAUUUAAUCAGUAGUAAUAAAUUUCAAUAAACUUGACUCGAAGAGUCAUGUUCUUUGAUCCAAGACUCAUUGAAUUACAACACGUUUUGAUGUAACAUAUUUAUUUACAAAAUAUCAUAUUAAUAUUAUAAAUUUUGAUAUCAAACAUAACUUAAUUAAUAAUAUAUUUAAUUAUCAAUUUUAA